ACCAAACAGUACAAGGCCUCUUCGAGUAAAAAAUCCUCAGCCAUGACCAGUGAAACCAGUGUCAUCAAUGAAUCUGGACUUACCCAAUCAUCAUCCUUUUCCUCCUCACAAUAUCAUGCCGAGGCCAUGGAUGAAUUUUCCUCAACAAGUGGCAAAAUUAUCUCUUCCAUUGAUUUGGUUAGUGAAAGUGCCAUUCAAGAGCCCAUAUUCUCCGUGCCCAUAGAUGUGGUGGAGAUCAGUAACACAGCUGCGGCCAAUACCAAACAGCAAAUGUUAUCCAGCUCCUCCAAAUCGAUGAUGUCCUCUUCAACCUCCAAAUCUCAACAGAUGAAAUCAUCCAUAUCUUCAUCCUCCACAAAGGCCAUACUCUCCGGUGAUGGUGGUGGGCAAAUUGUUGAGGUUGAAUUCCAACCCGAAACGGUGAUCAUCAAAGAUGAAUCAAUGGCCACAAAACAAGCUUACCAGUCAAUUGCCAAAACAAUAAAUGGUGCUACCGAAAUGACAUCAUCAUCGAUGUUGUCAAGCCAGUUUAAGGCCAACGAGUCGGUGAAUGGACAGACCAUAAAUGAACAAGAUCACUCCAACACAGAAUAUUCCUCAUAUUCCACACCGAACUACAAUAAAAUGUCAAUGGUAAUGGGGGAUGGUGGUGUUGUCGGUGGCGACAAUACAAUGCUCUUGAAUUCACCCACAGCGGGACAACCAUAUCAGGUAACCAUGCCCAUAACACCCACUACCUCGGAUUCCAAGAUAAGUCAACAUGAUUUACAAAAUCAACAAAGCACAACCAAGUCUUCCAUAAAUGAAUUUACCAGCAGCAGCAAUAUUACAAGCAGUAGCAACAUAAUUGAUCAUCAAAUAAACCUCAGCAGCAGUAGCAACAACAACAAUCAACAUGACAAUAACACAACUACUCAAAACAUUACCAACAGCAGCAACAAGGGACUGAUAAGCAAUAACAGCAACAGCAACAAUACCAACAACACCACCAUUUCCACCAACACCUCCACCACCACCACAAACAAAUAA